CUAAUUUAGAUAUUUUUUUAACAAAAAAAACAAACGCAUAAACUAAAAAUAAUAUAUAUUGUAAAACAAGCUUAUGGAUUUUACUCAACCUUGGCGAGGAAGUGACCUAAUACUUGAAAUUGAAAACAAACCAUUGCACGUGCACAAAAAUAUACUAUCGAUAUGGUCGCCAGUCUUUGAUAGAAUGUUCAACUCGAGUUUUGUAGAAAAAAAUACAGAAAAACUAAGCUUACCUGGAAAGAAAUAUAACGAGAUUGAAGAAAUGCUACAUAUAAUUUAUGACAGAAGAAAAUAUGUAACAGAAUCUACUGCGGAGUUUCUAUUCUCACUAGCUGACGAAUACCAAAUGGAACAACUACAUGCAGUCUGUGUCGCAUAUCUAAAAAAUGUACCAAAAAUAGGAGUUAAAGUAUGCAAAUACCUAGAAUUAGCAAUGCGUUACAAUGUUGAUGAAAUCAAAGAAGAGUGCCUUAAUGCUGUUGAUAAAUUAACAACAGUUCAACUCGAACAAAGUUUAGAGUUCCAAUGUCUUAAUGAUUCUAUAAAAUUUACAAUUGCUAAAAAAAGAACUAUGUAUUUGGAGGAGCAACUAAAUAAUUACAUUAAACAUGUAGACUCAAUGCUUAACUAUUUAUACUCUUCUGCCCAUCAAUCUUUAGAGCUUUUUUUUACUGAACUUGGGUUAGAAGACUCAGUAUUUAACAAAUGCGACCAACAUGAACAACACAGAAGGCUAAGAGCAGGCCUAAAAUUUGAUUAUUCCUGUAUUUCUUGUAGAAAACGUGUACUAACAUCAAGACAGUUUAAAGUUACUGCAAGUGAGAUUAGUGAUAUACUUGAAUCAUUAUAUAAAUUAAAUAUACAAAAUAGUACAACAAACUGAUUUUCAAAUGUUUUUAAAGCAAAAAAACUUACUAUAACAUUAAUGUAGUUAUCAUCUUCCGCAGUAA